CGCAGGCCAUGGAGGCCUUGGACCUUCCUGGCGCUUUCCGCACUCGAAGCCACAGUUACCUGCGUGCAAUUCAGGCUGGGUAUUCCCAAGAUGACGACUGCUUGCCUUCAAUGACAUCCUCCACUGUCACUUCAACUCUCAGAUCCACAACAGAAGGCUAUGAUGCGAUGGAAGGCACAUCUUUGUUAAAUGAGGAUAUGAUAGAAGAUGAUGAUGGUGCUAGCUCCUCUGCUUACCAGGAGCUUGAGCGUUUUGAGAGAGAGAAUGCAGCUCGGAGUCAUCACAGCACAAGUUCUACUGUAACAGCCAUUUCUGUGGCUCCAACUUCUUCUCCACCCAUUUAUCGUGUUCCUGCGCCAACACCCUCCAUCCCUGAACCACAUGUUCCUCAGGCCAUUCAGGCUUUUAAAGAAUCAGCCAAUAUGGUGGCAGCCUUUAACAUGCAAUGGAAGGAAGAGAUAGCGGCCAUGCGUUACGAGCUGGCUGAACUGCGCCGGGAUGUGUGCAACGAGCUCAAGACCUUUAAUAGCAACUUUUUUAACUUCACGCAGUGCUACAAUAUGUGGACCUUGUGCAGGGAGGCAGCGACUGGAAGCUCUACCCAAUCAAGUGAUCGAGUGUCAGUUGGUAUCCAGACUGGUAAUAACGGUCCAGUCCGACAAAACACUGUGGAUGUCUCAGUCAUGUGCCAACCAGAACCGGCACCGUUUAACAUUUUUGAGGUGAUGGACCCUCCAAGGAUUGAGAUCACUGAAGGAACACCUGAGGGCCCAACAACCUCUAACAGCCCAACAAGCCCUGCAAGCCCGAUUUGACCCAAGAAUGUGGCAAGCAAUGCAAGGAAUGUCAUCUCCAUCCAACUGUCUUCGUAAUGCUCCGUCAUUAACCACUAAGCUUCUCAAUUGACUAAAGUAUACACAUGCUGCCCUUCUGCAAUGACAUCCUCACGAUGUGAUCUAAUCAAAUACGAGUUUACUAAAACAGCUCAUUUAGCCUAUGAAUAUUCAAUCAACACAGCAAAUUUUAAUUGCUCACAAAUUGGAGUUGAAUUGGAGAGGUUGUGUUUUAGCUAAUAUUGCUUUGUCAAGAUAAACAUCCUAAAUGAUGUCCAUCAGAGUGCCAUCAGGAUAAUUUUAUUUUGUUUUUUGUACACUACAGCACUUUGCCCUUGUGGCGAUGAAGUUACUGUGGAAGACCUUAUCAUAAAUCAUAAACAGUGUAUGGUUGAAAGUUAAUUGAUAUUCGAAAAUCUACAUAAAUGCUUCCCUCACAGUAAGCCUUUUGCUGUAAACCUGAAUAUAAAUGAAGAUCAGAAAAAUAUGAAAGAUAACAGUUAGUGUUGGAAUUAAAAUAUAUUAACAUAGUGGGUAGAUGACCUAAUUUCUUACCCAGUUAUUUCUGUUUACAAUUUGAUCAUCUACCACUCAUGUGUGGGUUAUUCCAAAUAAAGUGGGACCAAUUUUUUUGCUUUUCUUUUACCAGACCAUAUGACGCAGUUUAAACUUAUUUGUAAUUGGAAUUAACAAUAGAAACUAUUCCAGAUGUCAGAUUAUAUUUUGUAUUUUAAGAGUAUAAUUUAUUUAAAAUGAAAUAUAGAGAUGCCUAUGAAAGUCAUUUUGAACUUCCCAAGACAUUUAUGUCACUCGGCAUAAAUUGCACAGAUAUCCCUU